AAGGGAGGCGGGAAACAGCUUAGCGGGUGCGGGGUCGCGCAGUUUUUUUCUGGCAGGCGGUGGAGAGGUUCCGAAAUGGCGGUGCUGCCGAAGGAGACGCUGCAGCUGGAGAGCGCGGCCGAGAUCGGCUUCGUGCGCUUCUUCCAGACCAUGCCGGAGAAGCCGACCACCACGGUGCGCCUCUUCGACCGGGGCGACUUCUACACGGCACACCACGAGGACGCGCUGCUGGCCGCCCGAGAAGUGUUCAAGACCCAGGGGGUGGUCAAGUACAUAGGGCCGCCAGGAACAAAGACUCUGGAGAGUGUUGUGCUUAGUAAAAUGAAUUUUGAGUCUUUUGUAAAAGAUCUUCUUCUAGUUCGUCAGUAUAGAGUUGAAGUUUAUAAGAAUAGAGCUGGAAAUAAGGCCUCGAAGGAGAAUGAUUGGUAUUUGGCAUUUAAGGCUUCUCCAGGUAAUCUUUCUCAGUUUGAAGACAUUCUCUUUGGUAACAACGAUAUGUCAGCUUCCAUUGGUGUUGUGGGUGUUAAAAUAUCUACAGUUGAUGGCCAAAGACAGGUCGGUGUUGGGUAUGUUGACUCCAUACAGAGGAAGCUAGGACUUUGUGAGUUCCCUGAUAACGAUCAGUUCUCCAAUCUGGAGGCUCUCCUAAUUCAGAUUGGACCAAAGGAAUGUGUUUUACCAGGAGGAGAGACUGCUGGAGACAUGGGAAAGCUGAGGCAGGUUAUUCAGAGAGGAGGAAUUCUGAUCACAGAAAGAAAAAGAGGUGACUUUUUUACAAAAGAUAUUUAUCAGGACCUCAACCGGUUGUUGAAAGGCAAAAAGGGAGAGCAGAUGAAUAGUGCUGUCUUGCCAGAAAUGGAGAAUCAGGUUGCAGCUUCAUCAUUGUCUGCAGUAAUCAAGUUUUUAGAACUCUUAUCAGAUGAUUCAAACUUUGGACAGUUUGAACUGACUACUUUUGACUUCAGUCAGUACAUGAGGUUGGAUAUUGCAGCGGUCAGAGCCCUUAACCUUUUCCAGGGUUCUGUUGAAGAUACCACUGGCUCUCAGUCUCUGGCUGCAUUGCUAAAUAAAUGCAAAACCCCUCAAGGACAAAGACUGGUUAACCAGUGGAUUAAGCAGCCUCUCAUGGAUAAGAACAGAAUAGAAGAGAGACUAAAUUUAGUGGAAGCUUUUGUAGAAGAUGCAGAAUUGAGGCAGAGUUUACAAGAGGAUUUACUUCGUCGAUUUCCAGAUCUUAACCGACUUGCCAAGAAAUUUCAAAGACAGGCAGCAAACUUACAAGAUUGUUACCGACUCUAUCAGGGUAUAAAUCAACUCCCUAAUGUUAUUCAGGCUCUGGAAAAAUAUGAAGGAAAACACCAGAGAUUACUCUUGGCAGUUUUUGUGACUCCUCUUAUUGAUCUUCGUUCUGAUUUCUCCAAGUUUCAGGAAAUGAUAGAAACAACAUUAGAUAUGGAUCAGGUGGAAAACCAUGAAUUCCUUGUAAAACCUUCAUUUGAUCCUAAUCUGAGUGAAUUAAGAGAAAUAAUGGAUGACUUGGAAAAGAAGAUGCAGUCAACAUUAGUAAGUGCAGCAAGAGAUCUAGGCUUGGAUCCUGGCAAACAGAUUAAACUGGAUUCCAGUGCACAGUUUGGUUAUUACUUCCGUGUAACGUGUAAGGAAGAAAAAGUCCUUCGUAACAAUAAAAAUUUCAGUACAGUAGAUAUCCAGAAGAAUGGUGUUAAAUUUACCAACAGUAAACUGACUUCUCUCAAUGAAGAGUAUACCAAAAAUAAAACUGAGUAUGAGGAAGCCCAGGAUGCAAUUGUUAAAGAAAUUGUCAAUAUUUCUUCAGGUUACGUAGAACCAAUGCAGACACUCAAUGAUGUAUUAGCUCAGCUAGAUGCUGUUGUCAGCUUUGCACAUGUGUCAAAUGGAGCACCUGUUCCAUAUGUACGACCGGUCAUUCUGGAGAAAGGACAAGGAAGAAUUACGUUGAAAGCAUCCAGACAUGCUUGUGUUGAAGUUCAAGAUGAAGUUGCAUUUAUUCCUAAUGAUGUUCACUUUGAAAAAGAUAAACAGAUGUUCCACAUCAUUACUGGCCCUAAUAUGGGAGGUAAAUCAACAUAUAUUCGCCAAACUGGGGUGAUAGUUCUCAUGGCCCAGAUUGGGUGUUUUGUGCCAUGUGAGUCAGCAGAAGUGUCCAUUGUGGACUGCAUCUUAGCCCGAGUAGGGGCUGGCGACAGUCAGUUGAAAGGAGUCUCCACAUUCAUGGCUGAAAUGCUAGAAACUGCUUCUAUUCUCAGGUCUGCAACCAAAGAUUCUUUAAUAAUCAUAGAUGAACUGGGAAGAGGAACCUCUACUUAUGAUGGAUUUGGAUUAGCCUGGGCUAUAUCAGAGUACAUUGCAACAAAGAUUGGUGCUUUUUGCAUGUUUGCAACACAUUUUCAUGAACUUACUGCCUUGGCCAAUCAGAUACCAACUGUUAAUAACCUACAUGUCACAGCACUAACUACCGAAGAGACCUUAACUAUGCUGUAUCAGGUGAAGAAAGGUGUCUGUGACCAAAGUUUCGGGAUUCAUGUUGCAGAGCUUGCAAAUUUCCCUAGGCAUGUAAUAGAGUGUGCUAAACAAAAAGCCCUGGAACUAGAGGAGUUUCAGAAUAUUGGAAAAUCACAAGACUAUGGUGAAAUGGAACCAGCAGCAAAGAGGUGCUAUCUGGAAAGAGAGCAAGGUGAAAAAAUUAUUCAAGAAUUUUUAUCCAAGGUGAAGCAAGUGCCUUUUACUGAAAUGUCAGAAGAAAACAUCACAAAAAAGUUAAAACAGCUGAAAGCUGAGGUAAUAGCAAAGAAUAAUAGUUUUGUAAAUGAAAUCAUUUCACGAAUCAAAGUUACUACAUGAGGAAAUCCCAUCAAAGGAACGAAGAUAAUAUUGAUAAGCUAUGGUCUGUAAUGCUUUUGUAUUGUUUUUAUACUAACCCUUUUUUUCAUAGUGUUGGCAAUUUGAUGCCCAUGGGAUAUCACCUUAAUAAAAUAUUUAGUAAUACUUUGAGUACAAUUUCAAAGAUCUUUAUUUUGAAGAAUGAGAGCUGUAACUGAGGAAUACAUAAAUGGACAUGGGCAAUAGUAGUCAGUGUGUGGAAUUUUAUAAAUAAAAUCAUGUAGUUUGUGAAAUUUGA